AUGGGUUCCCUUUGGCUCUGGGAGCAGCGGAGGUGUGAGGAGCUGGCAGCCAAGGCUGGAACUUGUGACUGUGAAUCCUGGGAACUCGGGGUCAAAACGUCAUCUCAGGGCUCCUCAGAGGGUGGGGUGAUGAGACCCGGACCCGCCCUCUCUGCUCCAUCCGCCUUCGUUUGUUCGUCUCCUCGGAGCUUCAGAGACAGGGGGUGUCCCUUUAACCUGAUGGAUAUUCUCUGCCUAUUUCCAGAGGCAGUGGUGCCAACAUUCAUCUUCAUUUAUAAAAAUCUGUGUUCCCCUUUCAGAUCUGUCCUGGAAGUCAGACCCUGCCCAGGAGAUGGCCACCCACUCCAGAAACCCCAGACCCUAGCAACUGACCCCAGCAGAGCCGAGCUGGAUUCCAGGGAAGAGCCGGGCAAAGCUCUCCCCGCUUGUCCCUAG